UUUUUUCCCAUAAUAACCACUGACACUGUUUGCAUAUACAAGUAUAAGAAAAGAAACAGACAAUAGCACAAGUGUUAGUACAGCGAGAGAGCAGCAGGACACUGUGUUUUACAAGAAAAAGAAAAUUAAACCAUGUAAUUUGGAACUGUCCCUACAAAGGCCCUGCUAAAUGAAACACACUCAAAGACGGCCGCAACCCAAGAGGAGGUGCUGAGAAUGAGUCCAAAUAUUUGUUGGCUGUGUAAGUUAUUCAGAGAUGAUGAAAAUGGAAUCACUUCUAAAUUGUCUUUGGAGGAAGUACUACAGUGGUCCCAAUCUUUUGAAAAGCUGAUAGCUAAUAAAUAUGGAACUAUAAUCUAUAGGACCUACCUGAAGACUGAACACAGUGAGGAAAACAUUGAAUUCUGGCUUGCAUGUGAGACUUACAAGAAGACUGCAUCACAGAAGAAAAGAAAUGCUAUGGCCAAGAAACUUUUUAAAGAUUAUAUUCAACCCCACGCUCCUAAAGAGAUUAAUAUUGACAGUCCUGCAAGGGAAGCCAUUACCAGGAAUAUUCAAAAACCAACUCAGUCCUGUUUUGAUGAAGCUCAGAAAAUUGUUUACAUGCAUAUGGAAAGGGACUCAUAUCCCAGGUUUCUUGGAUCAGAUAUCUAUCAAAAACUUAAGCUUCAGACUGACAGGAAUGAUUCACUGAUACAUUAAAGAAAAAGACUGAAGACUUGGAAAAGAUUUUCUUCUAGUUAAUGUUUCUAUAUGCUAAAGUAAACAAAACAGAAGAAGUGGUAUUCUGGAUGUAUUUGCAUGACAAAUAAAGAUAGUAUAGUCUUACAUUGAUAUUAUACCUGAUCGGGAAUGCAUGCCCAUCCUCCUCCUGCACCUCAUAAAAUUUCAAAUUAAUUUCUGAAUUUCAAUUUGGAUCAAACACUGAAAAACAUGAGACCAAUCAACCAACCCUUCCCCAUCCAAAUAUCAGUCAUAAUGCAAGAAUUAUGAUUUGGAAAUACCACCAUGCCUUAUGGGUACUUAAUGUUAUCAUUCCUGUAGACAGCCAGGAUUCCUGUUUAAGUAGAUAUUCCACAAAGCACCAUGGUCUCAGCAAAAGGAGAAAAGCUACAGUACCUCAUAAAAAGUUAAUUGUUAUAUUUCAUCAUGGACAAUUUUGCUCAUCUGGAGAGCCUGAACCAGAGAGAGAAGGUGUUAAACACCCAUAUGACAAGUCCCCACAUGACAAGUCAUAGAUUCAUAGAUGCUAGGGUAGGAAGGGACCUCAACAGAUCAAGCCCAACUCCCUGCCUAGGCAGGAAAGAGUGCUGGGGUUAGAUGUCCCCCACCAGAUGCCUAUCCAGCCUUAAGAUGCCUAUCCAGCUAACAGUCCCCACUGUUUGUUCAUUAUUUGACAAAAUAAAAUAAAAAAUUCUGAGUAAAGCAGAUAUUUUUCACAAAAACCCCAGCUUUCAAUUUAUAAACAAUUUUGUGGAAAAUUGUGAUUCUAAUAUAUGUGUGUGUGUGUUCUCUUUAAUGUUGUUUAUAAAUACAUUAAAUUGCAUUGUUAAAACACUGUACUUGAUUACUGUAUAUUAUGAGAGAACUGAAUUGCUGUGUUAGUGCAUUUCUUUAGCAUUUUGAAUAGUACUCGAUCACUAACAAGGGAGACCAUAAUAAAAUAGGGUGGCUUUGAGAAAUGCCAAGAGGUAAGUCAGUAAAUGUAGAGAGUGUACAGUAUAGUAUGCAGAUACUGUGAAAUGUGCAUUUCAUUUUAGUUAUGAUAUAUAUAGUAUGAAACUACAAUUAGAUCUU